AUGGCUCAAUCCAAUCCUGACAUCCAUCUCAUCCGGAGUGAUCUGGGCACCCAAGCAAAGCCCUACAGCCUGUCUCUCUCUCCUGAAGACUACCAUCAUUACAUACCCAAACCUAAGCGUCUGCGUACCACUCGGCUGAUGAAACUGUUAGGAUCUUCCUAUGACCCUUUCUGGAUGUCUGUUGAAGAUCCACGAGGUCGAAACACCAGCCUAGAUGAUUUGGGCACCUUGAGUGUGGACCUGGCUGAACGUACAGCCCGAUUUCAGAAGAAACUCCUGCAGGAGGCAAAGCGGUUAGAUAUUUCUGAACUUUUGACUUCUUGGGACAGGACUUCCCAUAACCAGAGUCAAUCUUUCAUUGACCACCUCCAGCAAUGGCUAGUUGACAGUGCUACCUGCCAUCUGACCUCUUCCUGGGUGGAUAUGGGAUCCAUUUUCUGGCCGCGUUGGGUACGUCAUACAGAGUGUGAUCAUAAUAAUGCCAGGUGCUCUUGGCCUCCUGGCAUGACCUGUCAGCCUGCCCAGGUCACCCACAUCAAACUGCUAGCAUGGCAUUGUUGGGUUAGCAGGGACCAAACCUUUGGUCCUCGGAAGUCUCUUCAGCAAUGUGCUUGGAGGCAAAUCCCUUACCCUGUGGUGGCAACCUGCAAGUGUUCCUGCUGA